AUUUAGUGCAACAUUUUAAAAUAGUUUUAAUGAACAAAAUGAUUUUAAAAGUAAUUUUACUAAUAAAUUUAUGUUAUGCGUUGGCUCAAAAUGAAAAUAUUUUGUGCUCAAGUUAUUGUAGAAAUGUAGUUUGCGAUGAUAAACCUACUGAUUGCGAUAUUCAAAACUCAACUAAUUACGGGAUAUAUUUACCGUCUGCCGAUACUUGUAACUGCUGCAAGCAGUGUUUUACUUAUUUAAAAAUAAAUGCUAGAUGCAGUAGUGGAAGUCUAGACGGGAGUUUAAUAUCCAAUAUUUGUGGGCCAGGACUUUCGUGUAUUGAUGGAAAAUGUCAAACAAUGAAAACUAGUUGUUACGAAAAACAAGCAAAUUUUGAUGCAAGAAAGAAAGAAGGCACAAUUGGAACUUUGGAAGUUCGACCGAAUUGUGAUGGACAGGGGUUUUACGAAACUUACCAAUGCAUACCAGGACAAGCAUGCUAUUGUGUGAAUAAAAAUGGAGAAAGAAUUUUUGGCUUGUCAGAAUUUACCGACAUUCCCCUACUCAAGUUAAAGUGUCAAUGUUCAAGAAACUAUCAUGAAGCCUUGGAAAUAUUCGACAAAAUAGCCCCUCAUGAGCAUUUUCGUUGCGCCGCCAAUGGGAAUUUUGACAGGUUGCAAUGUAUAGGAAAUAAAUGUUUAUGCGUUGAUAUAUUUGACGGUACCCCGGAUUUUGAUGCCGAAAUUCGUUCCGUUGAUGAAAUCAGCAAAUUAGAUUGCUUCAAUAAAACCAUUCACCCAAACGGAUUCUAUAAGGAAUGCGAAAGAAGAUAUUUAGAUGCUUUAAAUCAAACUUUGGAAUACAAAAAAGCAGGUUAUAGCAAUAUACUUUCCGUUGAUUUUCCUAAAUGUGAUUUGGAUGGAACAUACGCUUCUCUACAAGAAAACAAAACUCAUAAAACAUGCGUUGAUAUCGAAGGUAACAUUUUAAACUCAAUAGAAAAAAUUGACCCGCUUUCCGACAAAAUGAAUUGCAAGUGUGCUAGGGCUGCUAGUUUAGCACGAAAAUCGGAGGUUCCAAAGUGUUUGGAAAAUGGAAAUUAUGAUCCAAAGCAGUGCAGGAAAGGUUAUUGUCGGUGUGUUGACGAAAAUGGCAAUCAAACCUGCGAAAAUGCCGAAUCGUGUCCUGAUGUUCCAGAAGAAAAAAGUUUGAUUUGUUCUUGAAAAUAUGUAAACAUAAAAUAAAAUUUGAUUCUAAUCUAAAGCCUUAUUAAAAAAUGUAUUUGUAAAAAAUGAAGGUUUUUAAUAGUUUUUAAAAUA